UAUUUCCAUUAUUCUUAACCAAUACCAUCUAAUGUCUUAAGCCCCCGUAGAAUAUCCAAAACCCAAAAGCCUAAUCUCUCUCUCUCUCUCUCUCUCUCUCUCUCUCCUUUUCUCUCUCUCUAUCUAUCUUUCUCUCUUCGAUUCGAGUCCUCGAAGACCUAAAAACUGUAAUGAGAUGGAAAUUCACAGAUCAACGAAACCCUAAAUUCCUGUGGUUUUCUUGGAAAUGCUCUUGUAUGAAGCCUCCUUGGCGGAUUCCAAUUUUCCUGAUUAAUAAAGCUUUUCUCUAGUCUUUCGCGGUGAAUUUAAUAAUGGACAUUAUAGAGGUUGAAGAAAGUUUAUUUGCGGCAAGUGAUGCCAAGUUACAUGGAGAAAUGUGCAAGACACUCUCUGCAAUUUAUUGCAAAGUAUUAUCAAUUUUCCCAUCCUUGGAAGCAGCACGGCCUAGGAGCAAAUCUGGAAUUCAGGCAUUAUGUUCAUUACAUGUAGCGCUUGAGAAGGCCAAGAAUGUUCUUCAACACUGCUCAGAAUGCAGUAAACUUUACUUGGCUAUAACUGGGGAUUCUGUUCUUUUAAAAUUUGAGAAGGCAAGAUGUGCACUUGAAGAUAGUCUCAAGCGUGUUGACGAUAUUGUUCCGCAAUCAAUUGGUUCUCAGAUUAAGCAUAUUGGGAGGGAACUUGAGGAUACUGUGUUCGCACUCGAUCCGUUAGAGAAGCAAGUUGGUGAAGAAAUUGUUGCAUUGCUCCAGCAGGGCAAAAAAUUCAACAACAGUAAUGACACUAAUGAGCUAGAGUGUUUUCACCAGGCUGCUACAAAACUUGGCAUAACCUCUUCUAGAGUAGCUCUUACAGAGAGAAGAGCUCUCAAGAAACUCAUAGAAAGAGCUCGUGCAGAGGAAGAUAAGAGGAAAGAAUCAAUUGUGGCUUAUCUUUUACAUCUCAUGAGAAAGUACUCCAAAUUAUUUAGAAGUGAGAUAUCUGAUGACAAUGAUUCACAGGGUUCCACACCUUGUUCUCCUACUGUUCAGGGUUCUGUUGAGGAUGGUGGACCUGGUGGCAAUUGUCAUGCCUUUGAACGGCAUCUGUCAAAACUUAGCUCUUUUAAUUUCAAGCCAAAUAAUAAAAGAUCAGGGCAGAUGAUUCAUCCGCCUGAAGAAUUAAGGUGUCCAAUAUCGUUGCAACUUAUGUAUGAUCCAGUCAUCAUUGCGUCCGGGCAAACAUAUGAAAGGAUAUGCAUUGAGAAAUGGUUCAGUGAUGGGCAUAGCACCUGCCCAAAGACUCAACAGAAACUCUCUCAUCUCUCGUUGACUCCUAAUUACUGUGUAAAGGGCCUAAUUGCUUCUUGGUGUGAACAGAAUGGAGUGUCUGUUCCUGAUGGCCCCCCAGAGUCUCUUGACCUCAACUAUUGGAGGCUGGCAUUGUCUGAGUCUGAGUCUGCAAAUUCAAGAUCUAUGAACAGUGUUGGUCCUUGCAAAUUGAAGGGAGUUAAGGUUGUUCCUUUAGAAGAGAGCGUUAUCAUGGAAGAGGCUGGUAUCACAGAGGAAGCUGAAGAAAAUGAAACAGAAGAUUUGUCUUGUAAGCCAGAAGUGUCUGAGCUUGGUGUUUUGGACAGUUAUCAGAAUUUUCUGUCUGUCUUGAAUGAGGGAGGAGAUUUGAGGAGAAAGUGCAAAGUGGUGGAACAAAUAAGGUUGUUGCUGAAGGAUGACGAGGAGGGCAGGAUUUUUAUGGGGGCCAAUGGCUUCGUGGAAGCUCUUUUGCGAUUUCUAGACUCAGCUGUGCAGGAAGGGAAUGUAUUGGCUCAGGAAACUGGAGCCAUGGCUCUCUUCAACCUAGCUGUCAACAAUAGCAAAAAUAAGGAAAUGAUGUUAGCAGCAGGAGUAAUUCCAUUGUUGGAGAAGAUGAUCUCCAAUCCCAAUUCCCAUGGGUGUGCCACAGCACUCUAUCUGAAUUUAUCCUUAAUAGAAGAAGGCAAGCAUAUCGUUGGCUCAGGUCAAGCAAUCUCUUUUUUAACCCAGGUCCUUCGAGCUAAUCCUGAACCCCAGUGCAAGCUUGAUGCCCUUCAUGCCCUCUUUAAUCUCUCUACCCUUCCUUCUAAUGUUCCGAGCCUUCUUUCAGCUGGCAUCGUCGGCGGUCUCCAAUCGCUUCUUGCUGCCUCUGGUGAUCAAACGUGGACAGAAAAAGUCAUAGCUGUCCUUAUAAAUUUGGCUUCAAGUCAGUCAGGUAAGAAUGAAAUGGUAUCAACACCUGGUCUUAUUAGCGGACUGGCAUCAAUAUUGGACAUUGGUGAACCUGUUGAGCAGGAGCAGGCUGCCUCAUGUCUCUUGAUUUUGUGUAAUGGAAAUGAGAAAUGCAGUCAAAUGGUUCUACAAGAAGGGGUAAUACCUGCGUUGGUGUCAAUCUCGGUGAAUGGGACCUCGAGGGGGAAAGAUAAAUCUCAGAAACUCUUGAUGCUGUUUCGGGAACAGCGACAACGAGACCAACCACCUGCUGAAGUGCAGCCGGCUGAAAGUACUAAGAAUGCCAUGGCUGGUCCAGACUCAAAGCCACUAUGUAAAUCGAUGUCUAGAAGGAAGAUGGGGAAAGCUUUUAGCUUCUUCUGGAAAAGCAAGAACUACUCAGUUUAUCAGUGUUAGGCCAUCAGUGUUGUAAAUUUCUGUUUUAUCAUCUUUUUCAUUUCUUCUGUCCUGUUCCCAUGGGCAUCACGUAUUUUUUUUGUUUCAGAGAGGAGAUGUACAGGCCCCUGUAAUUUAUGGAUUUUUUGGGUUUUUUCUUUUUCUUUUUCUUUCUUUUUUUACUAUUAUUUUUUUUUUCCACUUUUGGGUAGGAAUACAUGUAUUUGUAUGUCAAUCUGUAAGCCUUAGAUCCUUGAUUGGAAAGAAACUAGUUGUGUUCGGAUAUGAAAUUUCAUGUGAAAGCUAAAAUGUAAGACCAUCAGUGCCAAUCAAUUGUACAGCAAGGGUUUAAAUGCUUUA